CUUCAUUGACAGGAUUGAGACUAUAGAAAAGUAGAGGAACUGCUCAAAUUAAGCCCAGAAUUGCUGUGCAUUAGCAUCUUCACACGCGAUUCGUCAACUGGCUGUCAGCUUCCCCAACACAGCCGGUGACUAUCAUGGCUUCACAUGACGUGACCCGACUCGGAUCAAUCGCCGGCCAACUAACGCCCGACAAUCUUAAUCGAGCAACCGAAUCCCACAAAAUCAAGAUGCAAGUUCAAACCAUCAAAAAGCCCAGAGUCCUCUGCCUCCAUGGCUUCCGGACAAGCGCCGAAAUCCUCAAGCAGCAGCUCGCCAAGUGGCCCGACGCCGUCCUCGAAAAGCUCGACCUCGUCUUCGUCGACGCCCCUUGCCCCGCCCGCGGCAGAUCCGACGUCGAAGGCGUUUUUGAUCCUCCCUACUACGAGUGGUACCACUCCACACAGGGUUAUACAGCGUACUACCACUUUGAAGAAUGUGUUGCCUAUUUGGAAGAUUAUAUGAUGAAGAAUGGACCCUUUGAUGGGAUGCUGGGUUUUUCCCAGGGAGCAAUGCUGUCGGCUGCGUUGCCUGGAAUGCAAUUGGAGGGCGUGGCACUAACAAAGGUCCCGAAGAUUAAGUUUCUGCUUAUAAUAUCAGGGGCAAAGUUUGGAGGAUUAAGGUUUGGGUUGCCCAAGCUGGCUGCCAAUGCCUUCUCUUCCCCGGUCAACUGUCCCUCGCUUCACAUGAUUGGUGAAAGAGAUUUCAUGAAGCAACGUGGCAUUGAAUUAUUGGAAUCAUUUCAGGAUCCUUUCGUGAUAUAUCACCCCCAGGGGCACACAAUACCCAGACUCGACGAGAAGAGCAUGCAGAUGAUGCUCGGCUUCAUCCAGAAGAUUGAAAAGAUGCAAUUGCACGGGGAAUAGAAUGGCAUGGCAGAUGUGCUUGGAUGCAGAUUGAGUGAGUGAGUGAUGGAUUGUAAUUUGUAAGUCCCUGUCUGCAAGCCGGGACACAUUUGGGAGAAAAGAAAAUGGUUGAACAGAAAGCAUGGAUGCUGCUAUAUCACCCAGUGAUGUUUUCUGUUUCACCAUCUUCAGUUUUUAUGAUUUCAUUUUACAAAAAAUUAAAAAAAAAUAAAACAUAAUUCAUUUCUAUUAAAUAUGAAA